AGUUCCGCAUGGUUCUCAAUAACAACAUUCAACGUUUUAGAAUAAUAAUGAAUAAUCAAGCAAAGAUUUCAUCAUUUUUCACAAAAGUUUCACCUGAAAAACGGCAAAAUACUGAAGCUUUAGAGAAAUUUCCAAAGAAAGCAAGAAUAGACUGUGAAAAUAUUCCUCCUUUACCAGAAACAAAUUUUGCCAAAAAAGAACCAGCCCCUCUUUUAAAGAAAGAUGAUAAAAGUCCAGACAAGGACCUUUCAUCCUCUCCUGGUGGUGAUAUGCCUAGAACUGAAUGUUUGUCCCCAGAACAGAAAGAUCGAGUGAAUGAGAAUAAAGCUGCUGCUUUAGCAAAGCUAAGAGAGAAACAGACUAAUGGAUUAUUGACAAACAUCGGUGAUUCCUGGUAUAAAGCUCUUCAGGAGGAAUUUACUAAACCAUACUUUGUUGAGUUGUCAAAGUUUGUAGAAUCAGAAAGAAAAAAAGGAACAAUUUAUCCUCCUGCUGACCAGGUCUUUAGCUGGACAAGGUAUUGUAAUGUCAAUGAUGUAAAAGUAGUAAUACUAGGACAGGAUCCUUACCAUGGACCAAGACAAGCACAUGGUCUUUGUUUUAGUGUACAGAAGGGAGUGACUCCUCCACCAAGCCUUGUCAAUAUGUAUAAAGAAUUGGUGAAUGACAUUGAAGGAUUCAAACAUCCAGGACAUGGAACAUUGACAGGUUGGUCUGAGCAAGGUGUACUGCUGUUGAAUGCCUGUUUGACUGUGAGGGCAAGCCAAGCAAAUUCUCACAAAGACAAAGGUUGGGAGAAACUAACAGAUGCUGUUAUUUCUUGGCUGAAUAAAAAUCGUUCCGGUAUAGUGUUUAUGCUGUGGGGAGCUUAUGCUCAAAAGAAAGGAGCUUAUAUUGAUAAGAAGAAGCAUCAUAUCCUGAAAUCAGUCCAUCCAUCUCCGCUGUCGGCACACAGAGGAUUCAUUGGCUGCAAACAUUUCUCAGAGUGUAAUAAAAUCCUCACAAAAGAUGGCAAAACUCCUAUUGACUGGUCUAACCUACCACCACAAGAGUGAAUAGAAUGACUAGGAUAUUGAAUGAAAGCUGUACACUGCCAAACUUCUUCUUACGGCAACUGAAAAUCAGUGUUGGUGUAAUUUAAUUACACUUCAUGUAUGCUAUACAAGUGCUUGUUGUGUAUACUAAAUGUGAUUUAACCUUUGCUCCAAAGUAUGGAUACAUCAGAAUACCUUAAAAUGAAAUAGAGUGUAAAUGAAUGAGCGGACCUACAAAAAAAUUGCACACAUUUAAUGUGUUCAUUAUUGGUGAAAACUGAAUUAUUUUACAUCAUGGAUAUAUUAUUUUCUUAUAGUAUUAAAAAUCAUUGGUGUUGAUUUUUAGGAAAUUAUGUUUUACUGUUUUAUUUUGUUAUUAAAAGUAGUAAAAGCA